AUGAAGAAGACAACACUAGUCGCCUUUGCGGCCUCACUUUUGUCCGUCGACGGAUUGGUACUCCGGAAGAGCGAGAGCAGCGCACCAAAGGUGGUGGGUUUGGAUCUGCAUAGAGCGACGGUACCAUACACCCGCAACAGGAGGGAUAUGCUGCGCAAGAGAGGGUCUGUACAGGCCAGUCUGGACAAUCUGGAAACCUUGUACUUCGUCAAUGGCUCCCUCGGAACACCAGCACAGCCGAUGCGAUUUCACCUUGACACGGGUAGCAGCGAUCUAUGGGUCAACACCGCCAGCUCGACCCUCUGCAAAGGCCAGGGCACGCCAUGUUCAGUGUCGGGCACGUACUCGGCCAACGAUUCGUCAACAUACAACUACGUCGGAAGCUGGUUCAACAUUUCCUAUGUCGACGGGUCGGGGGCGAGCGGAGACUACGUGACGGACAAGUUCACCAUUGGCGGAUCCUCCUUGACCGACUUCCAGUUCGGCGUGGGCUACACGAGUUCCUCGGCCCAGGGUAUUCUGGGCUUGGGAUACAAGGUCAACGAAGUACAGGUCGGACGUGCUGGUCUGCAACCCUACGACAACCUCCCCGCCAAAAUGGUGGCCGAGGGGCUCAUCCAGUCGAGCGCCUUCAGCCUGUACCUGAACGACCUGGAUGCUAGUCAGGGAAGCAUCCUAUUCGGAGGAGUCGACACGGCGCAUUUCGAGGGUGAGCUGAAGACAGUACCCAUUCAAAAGGAAUCCGACGCCUACGCCGAGUUUCUCAUCACGUUGACAAAGGUGGCGCUUGGGUCAAAGGCUCUGGAGGAGAACAUGGCUCUGGCUGUGCUGCUCGAUUCGGGCUCUUCUCUCACCUACCUCCCAGACGACAUGGCUACGACCAUUUUCUCCAUGGUCGGCGCCGUUUACCAGCAAGCAGAGGGUGUUGCCUUUAUCCCCUGCUCCGCUGCCAACACUGGCGCCAACAUGACAUUUACCUUCUCGGAGGCCACCGUCACGGUACCUAUUGACGAACUUGUUCUCGAUCUGGUCGCCAUCACAGGCAAGCGCACUGCCUUCUCCAACGGCGUGGAUGCUUGUCUCUUUGGCAUCGCGCCGGCUGGCACUGGUACCAAUGUCCUGGGCGACACGUUCCUGCGCUCAGCGUACGUGGUUUACGAUAUCGACAACAACGAGAUCUCACUGGCGCAGACCAAGUUUAACGCUACAAGCACCAACAUCCUCGAGAUCGGUAAGGGCAGUGGGUCCGUACCGUCCGCCGUUGCGGUUGCAAACCCCGUAUCUGCCACGAACGGCCUCGUGCGAGGAGGAGGAGGGUCAGGGGGGGGAGGAUCACAAAACGCGGCGCCAUCAAUGGCACCGCUGGCGGCAUCAUUACUUGCGGGGUCGGUUGCAUUUGCGGCUGGCUUCUCGCUCUACCUCGUCUGA